GAAGGGAAGAAAAGGAAGGAAAGAGGCAGAGCAAAAAAACACAGAAAGAACGAUCCAGAGCUGGACCAAAAGGCAAGGGCAGGAGGCAGUAGAAAUAGUCCUGGAUGGGGUUUGGACCUGCCACCACCUGGUACCAUGAAGGUCACCGCAGCUACCCUGGCUGUCAUCCUCACGACUGCUGCCUUUUGCAUUCCUGCAUCUGCCUCCCCAUAUGCCUCGGACACCACACCCUGCUGCUUUGCCUUCAUCUCCCGCCCGGUGCCCCGCAACCACGUCAAGGACUAUUUCUACACCAGUAGCAAGUGCUCCAACCUAGCAGUCGUCUUUGUCACCCGAAGGAACCGCCAGGUGUGUGCCGACCCAGAGAAGAAAUGGGUUCGGGAGUACAUCAACUCUUUGGAGAUGAGCUAGGACACCUUGAACCUCAGCUCGUGUCAACUCAUCUGUUGCUUCCUGCUCUCAUCCUAACCACCUUGGGAAGCUUCUCCCCAGCCUCCCACUCCACUUACCUGUUGGAGGGGAGAUUCUACCACACAGCAGCAAUUAGAAAAGGCUCCCUGACCUAAGCCCGACGGCGUUACUAAGGUCCUGCCUUGGCAAUAGGAAGUCUCUAGUCCCUUGGCUUGGCUAUGGUUCUAUGACUAGAUAAGGAAGUCAGCAUGCCUCUCAAGGAAAGAAGGAAGACUGGGAUCCUGUAGAACUCUCCCAUGGCCAAAGUUGCCAUCUUAGGCCCUCAGGAGGGUUGACUAUCCAACAUAAGAAAUCAGCUAUUUUUUCUCUUUUUACCCAGUGCUGGGGAUGGAACAUGCUAGGCAAGUACUCUACCACUGAGCUAGAUCCCAAGCCCUUUAAUUUUAGAGACAGGGUCUCACUAAGUUGUCCAGGCUGGCCUCAAACUUGUGAUCCUCCUACCUCAGUCUCCUGAGUAACUGGGACCACACCACUAGAUAUGGCAGAAAUCAGCUUUUCAUUAAAAUUUUCAGUGUAAUUACAAAGCUGGCUCCUGGAUUGAUUUCUUCCUUGAGAACCCUCCUUCCCCAUGAGCACUAAGUGACAGAGGUCGAGGUCUGAAUAUAUCUGCUGCCCACACUAGACUUGGGGGCCAUGGCCCGACCCAGUGAGCAGGGUUGGGAGCAAAAACUCUCU